CGUCCCGGGCGGGGGAUGGGCAGGCCGGGCGGGACACGAGGCCGGGCGGCGGACCAGGCGCUGGCUAGGCGCUGGCCGCCGCUCCGAGACCGCAGCCCCACGGCGCCGAGGCCAACCACAGAGCGGCGGGGCCGGACUCCCCAGGCCCGGCGGGGCCGUCCGCGCGCAGCGCCGGGUCCACGGCGCCCUCGAGGCCCGCCGCCACCGGACGCGGAAAAAGCCUCCUUCAACCCCCGACGCAAGCGCCUUAGCUCCCUCUGCGCGUGCGCGGCGGCGUACCGAGGGCCAGAAUGCACCGCGCAGGCAGGGCCGCGGGGCACGUCGGGACCCGUAGUCCGGCGCGGGGCACGCCGGGACCGCCCUCACCUGGCCGGCGGCGGGCGCCCGAGAGGCCCAAUGGGAGCGGCGCCCGGUCGCCCCGCCCCGCGCCGCCGGACGUCUGUGCCGGGACAUGGCCGCCGCCGGUGCCGGGUCCUUGAGCUGAGCGCCCGCCGCCGGCAGCCAACCGCCGCCUCAACCGUCCGCGCGGGCGGGCCGAGCCGCCGCCAGGCCGGCGAGGAGGAGGAGGAGGCCGCCGCAGGAGGCGGGAGCCGCCGGGCACAUGGCGUCCAUCUUACUGAGGAGCUGCCGCAGCCGGGGGCCCGCCCGCUUCCCGGCGCCCCACGCCGCCGCCCGCGGGGGCGUGUCCCGCUGGGUGGCUGUGCUCCCGUCCACUCCGUGCAGCUCUCCUUCGGAGGCGACCCCCUGGGCUGCUGGACCCGGAGGCCCCAGCACGCGUGUGCGGCGGCCCCAGCCUGGGCCCCGGCCUCCGCGGGCCUGCUGGUGGCCCCGCCCUGGCUCCUGCCCUCACGCGGCUGGCACUCCUCGCCCAGGCUGCGUGACGACUCGGUGGUGGAGAAGUCGCUCAAGUCCCUCAAGGACAAGAACAAGAAGCUGGAGGAGGGCGGGCCGGUGUACAGCCCCCCCGCGGAGGUGGUGGUGAAGAAGUCCCUGGGGCAGCGGGUGCUGGACGAGCUGAAGCACUACUACCACGGCUUCCGUCUGCUCUGGAUCGACACCAAGAUCGCCGCGCGCAUGCUCUGGCGCAUCCUCAACGGGCACACGCUGACCCGCCGCGAGCGCAGGCAGUUCCUCCGGAUCUGCGCCGACCUCUUCCGCCUGGUGCCCUUCCUGGUGUUCAUCGUGGUGCCGUUCAUGGAGUUCCUGCUGCCGGUCGUGGUGAAGCUCUUCCCCAACAUGCUGCCGUCCACGUUCGAGACCCAGUCCAUCAAGGAGGAGCGCCUGAAGAAGGAGCUGCGGGUCAAGCUGGAGCUGGCCAAGUUCCUGCAGGACACCAUCGAGGAGAUGGCCCUGAAGAACAAGGCGGCCACGGGCAGCGCCACCAAAGACUUCUCCUUGUUCUUCCAGAAGAUCCGAGAGACCGGAGAGAGGCCCAGCAACGAGGAAAUCAUCCGCUUUUCCAAACUAUUCGAGGACGAGCUGACCCUGGAUAACCUCACGCGGCCGCAGCUGGUGGCGCUGUGCAAGCUGCUGGAGCUGCAGUCCAUGGGCACCAACAACUUCCUGCGCUUCCAGCUCACCAUGCGGCUGCGCUCCAUCAAGGCGGACGACAAGCUCAUCUCAGAGGAGGGUGUGGACAGCCUCAACGUCAAAGAGCUGCAGGCGGCGUGCCGGGCGCGAGGCAUGCGGGCCCUGGGCGUGACGGAGGACCGCCUGCGGAACCAGCUGAAGCAGUGGCUGGAGCUGCACCUGCAGCAGGAGAUCCCCACGUCGCUGCUCAUCCUGUCCCGAGCCAUGUACCUCCCCGACACCCUGUCGCCUGCCGACCAGCUCAAGUCCACGCUGCAGACCCUGCCCGAGAUCGUGGCCAAGGAAGCACAGGUGAAGGCGGCGGAGGUGGAGGGGGAGCAGGUGGACAACAAGGCGAAGCUGGAGGCCACGCUGCAGGAGGAGGCCGCCAUCCGGCAGGAGCACCGGGAGGAGCGGCAGAGGCGCUCGGAGGAGGCCGCGAAGGAAGUGGCGCCUGAAGCGGUGGAAGCUGCCCCCGGGAAGCCCGUGGCUGAGCCGCAGGCUGAAGUGGUGGAGGUGACCCUGCCAUCAGAGGCCCUGAAGGACACGGCCCCCGUCCUGACGGGUGUGAAGGAGGAGGAGAUAACCAAGGAGGAGAUCGACAUCCUCAGCGACGCCUGCUCCAAGCUGAAGGAGCAGAAGACUUCCCUGACGAAGGAGAAGGAGGAGCUGGAGAUGCUCAAGGAGGAUGUGCAGGACUACAGCGAGGACUUGCAGGAGAUUAAGAAGGAGCUUUCCAAGACGGGCAAGCAGAUGGAGGUGGAGGAAUCCAAGGCCAGCAAGAGGCUGACCAAGCGCGUGCAGCAGAUGAUCGGGCAGAUCGACGGCCUGCUCACCCAGCUGGAGGCGGACCAGCAGGCUGGCAAGCUGGGCCCCGCCGCCCCGGGCCUGCCCGCGGGGGACACUGUCAUCAGCGUCACCGAGCUCAUCAACGCCAUGAAGCAGAUCAAGCACAUUCCAGAACACAAGCUCAUCAGCCUGGUCUCCGCCCUGGACGACAACAAAGACGGCAAGGUCAACAUCAACGACCUGGUCAAGGUGAUCGAGCUGGUGGACAAGGCGGACAUCCACAUCUCCACCAGCCAGGUGGCCGAAAUCGUGGCCACGCUGGGCAAGGAGGAGAAGGUGGAGGAGAAGGAGAAGGCCAAGGAGAAGGCCGAGAAGAAGGCCGAGAAGGAGGCCGCCGAGGUGAAGGGCUAGUGCCGUCCAGCCCUUCCUGCUGGCAGGCGACCAUUAGUGACACGUCUACUAUUUUGUCUGGAAUAAAUCAGGAACUUCGUCAUCACGUAAUUUUAAUUUUCAUCAUUCCACGGAGAGUCAGUCAGUCUGGAAUCCCCACGCCCCUGUGUGGCCGCGCGGGCCUGUGCCCCCGUGGUGUCCAGGAGGAGGCCCGGCCCCUGGACCCUCGGCGCAGGAGGAGACACCGGUCUGCGGACUCGGACGCCUGAAUGUCGGGGCCACGUCUGGAGCCGUGUGGCCGCGAGGGACGCCCGAGCGCUCUGUGGCCUUGCCCUCCCGCCUGGCGGACGGCGGUGCCUCCUGCGGGUGUCCGUCUGCACCAGCUCUUCUCGAUGUACCUUGUCACCUCACCCUUCACCAGCCCGCAGUCUGCCGACUCGGGUGUGACCUAAUGUAAAGUACUGCGUGGCCCGCUAACGAA